CUCUGUCGUCGCACACAUUCAAAACACACACAGAGAGAUUGAAACUCUGUAAAGAAAAAUAUAAAGUUGUUUUUAAAUUUAAGUAUAUUUAUUUGAUCGGGAUUUCGACAACAAAGUAAAUUUAUCAGCACUGAUCUGUGGAUCGGCACUCAAACAAUACUUUUCACAUUGAAUUGACCAACAAAAUGGGUCUAAUUUCAUUAUUGCGUAAUGGGAAUCUUUUAAAUCAGAUUCACCGACAAAUCCGACCAUUAGCAGCACGCUCAUAUUCAGGUUAUGUUGUAUUAUUACCUGAAAUUGGUGAUGAUGAUCCAAAAUUGAAUCCAUUCAUAAAUGAGCAUGGUUUUCCAGAGUUUGGAAAUAUAUCGAUUGAUCGAUGUAUACGACGUAUUGGUGCUCAGGCAAUGGCACUUGAAGCUGAAGUAAAAAAAGGUGAAGAGUAUCUCCAACAAUUGAAUGCGUCCGGCAAACCAAUAACAUUGAAGGAAUUUUUCGACAAUGUUUUGCAUCCAAUUGAGACAAUUGAUAAAGAAUUGUUGGCCAGUUGGGGCCUGGCAAAGACAGCAUUCAAUGGCAAUAAUGUGAUUUUUCCAAUCAAAAAUUAUGUAUCAUUGCAUCAACGUGCACGUCGUGCCAAUAACAGCAAAUACCAUAGUCGGCCAAUUUAUGAAGCGAUAAAAGAGCUUCGAAAGAGCAACGAAGAAUUGACAAUGGAACAAAAACGUCUAUUCGAUCUGUAUGUGUUGGAAGGUAAACUUUGCGGCAUUGAAAUCACUGAUGAGAAUAUUCGCGGUGAAUUGGAAUAUCGACAGUUAAAAUUAUCCGAAGAAUUAGUUACAUACGAAUCAAAAACGUAUGUUGCAAUUGAUCAUUUUGCGCACACCAUUAGAGAUUAUACAUUGGUUCAGUCAUUUCCACCGGAGCUACUACAGGCCAUCGCUGAAGAUUCAAAUAAUCCGAUGAAUGGGCCGUGGAAAAUCACACUGAAACCACACAUUUUGAAGAAUUUCCUCGCCUAUUGUCCAGAUCGUGAGCAACGCUGGAAUGUUUGGCAGGCAAAUUGCAAGAAAGCAUCACGACAAGUCGUUACCGAACUGGAUAACAGUGGACAUCUGGAAUGGGCACGGGAUCAUCGUAAACGAAUUCAAGAAAUAUUAGGCUAUCAAUCACAUGCAGAAGUGAGACGUGAUCGAAAUCUUUUGAAUGGAGUCGAAAAACCGCAAAAAAUUCUUGAUGAAUUGCGUUCACACGCAAAACCCAGCCAAUUUAAGGAGAUCAACGAUUUGAGUGAUUUUGCCAUUCAAAGUGGUUUUAAAUCUCAUCAAAUCGAAGAAUAUGACAUACCAUAUUGGUUGCGAAAGUAUAACAUUACCGUAUGCAAAUACGAUGAGAAUUUAAUACAAGAAUAUUUUCCCAUUGACAAAGUGUUUAGCGGUCUAUUUGGUUUGGCCGAAAAAUUGUUUGGCGUGAAAAUUGUUGAACGAAAUGAUGAGUCGAUCUCACUAUGGCAUAAAAGUGUGAAAUAUUUUGAUGUUUUUGAUAUGAAAAAAAGUAAUUUACGCACCGAUUCAUCAAAACCAAUCGGCGGUUUCUUUUUGGAUACGUGUCGUUCGUCCGAUGAACAAUUUGUAUAUGAUGAACCAAAUGGAUUUGUUAUACCGAUUCGGGAACAUUGCAGCCGGACAAAUGACACACCACUUGUGUCAUUGAUUUACAAUUUUACACCACCAUUGUAUGGUAAACCACAUACAUUUAAAUUGUCAGAAGUUGAAUUGAUUUUCAGUAGAUUUGCCAAUGUAUUGCAAAAAAUAUUGAACGAAAGAAAUUAUCGUGAAUUGUCUGGAUUACUUAAUAUUGAAUAUGUUAAUGAUAGAGUAUGUUCGGAUGUAUUUAAUAAUUUAUUGUAUCGCAGCGAUGUUCUCAAAUCAAUAUCCGAACAUAUUAGCACAAAAGAACCGCUAACCGAUCAACAUAUUAAAGCAAUUCAAGAUCAACGUUUAGCGUUGGCCGGCUAUAAACUUUCCACCGAACUAUUCAGAUCGGCCAUCGAUUUGGAAAUCUAUUCAACACAAGAAUUUUGGUUGGAGCUCAUGCGACGAAUUUAUGCCAAAUACUUUAUUUUCGAAUUGGAUAAACGUGAUUCACGAUUAUUGUCAAUGUUGGAAGUUGUUGUGGGCAAUUGGUCGGGCUGCUAUUUCGCAUUGGUUUGGUCAAAUGUGAUGGCGGCCGAUAUUUGUGAUGCAUUUGGAAACGUUAAUAUCUGCGAUGAUGUUGAAGCUGCCGCUAAAAUUGGCCAAAGAUUCCGUGAAACAUUUUUAACGGCCGGCAGCAACGUUGACACAUUAGAACUAUUUAGAGAUUUCCGUGGUCGUGAUCCAACAUACGAUACAUUUAUUACCAGUUUAAAACUACAAAAACCGAAAAUUAAAUAAAUUUAAACAAAAAAAACUUGAUGGAA